UCGUGUAACCGUCGCGUACGUGUCUAUUUCGUGAGCGGCCGAACAAAAAAGUCACCCUCGACUACCAGUCGCGCGUAACCCCGAUCGCUCCGAAAUUAUCCGCGCAAGUUAUUCAAACGGCAGUAAAAAGUGCAAGAUUCGGGAGUGUCGCGACAUCGUUGAAAAUUCGAAUUGGAAACAUUUCCAUAUCGUGAAAUCUCGCGACGGCAAAUAACCGCGAUAAUUCUUUCGGACACGACAAGAGAGAGGACUUGACGAUACGUCGCGGACGAUGCGAAAACAAUCAACAUUUCGAAUGAUCUAAAGUUGCCAUAGUGAUCUAAAGUCCCGCGCUCUUCAAAUUCGCAACAAGUUGCUGGAGUGUGCCUUUUUUAUGGUUUCCUCGACUCUCCGUUUGUUUUUCUUGCGCGAGUGUGUGCGUGUUCGUGUGUGUUCGUGAGCGGAAAGGAUUAAUAACGGUGAUGAUCCUGUGAAGAAGCUGCAAAGUAUCGUUCUCGGUGAUGGAAACCGGACCUUCCAACGUGAAAUGGACUGCACUCGCGGACGAUCGUAUUCGAAGGAAAUGUGUCCUGUGAUCGUGCCCUCCAAGGAUCUUUUGACGGUUUGACGAGGAUAAACCUGUGGACGCGGAUGAGGAGUUCAAGGCGGAGAACAAGUUCGACGAUGAGAGUUUGAGUCGUGCGGAAAGUGCUUUCAAGAGUGCCAGGGGUCCUGGUUCGCGCGUUUCGUCAACGACGAGGGAGCAGAAGACGACGAGUGCUGUAAAAAGGAGGCGGGGCGAGUGUGUCGCUGACACGAGUUGACGCGACGCAACGUGACGUGACGUGACGUGACACGACGUCGGGGUGUCGAGAUGCCUCGAGAUGAGAUGGUCGCCCCUCUUCGAUCCCUCGCGUCACUCCUCACGCUUGUACUCUACGCUUUCAGCAGCUGCCAUGCCAGGAUAACCAAUCAGGAAAUUGUGACAAUGACAGAUGCGGAAGCAGUGGUAGGAGAAAUUGCUGAGCUACCGUGCGACGUGAAACCGCCGCUCCCGGGAGACAAGCUGCACCUAGUUAUUUGGUACAAGGAGGAAGCGGACGCGCCGAUAUACAGUUUCGACAUGCGGGGGUCGCACAGCUUGGAUAACGGGAAUCACUGGCAGGAUCCAAGCCUGAAAGAACGUGCCUUUUUCAAGCACAGCGAACCCGCGAAGCUCGUCCUGCAAGCCGUUCGCGAGAGCGACGCGGCUGUUUACAGAUGCAGAGUCGAUUUCAAGCAAUCGCCGACACGCAACAGCAAAGUCAAUCUAACGGUGAUCAUACCGCCGGAGCAGCUUAGCAUAUUGGACGAAGACGGAAGGUCUCAUAUUCCCCAUUACAUCCUCGGCCCGUACACCGAAGGAGCGUCUCUCAAUCUUACAUGUGUCGCCGCCGGUGGGCGACCGCAACCACGAGUGACAUGGUGGCAGGGGACUUCUCUACUCGAUAACAGCUACGAGACCGUGGAUGCUAAAAGGGUCCGCAACGUGCUGCAAUUGGAAAAGUUGGGCCGCGAGCAUCUGCACACGUAUUUGACUUGCCAAGCUACCAACAACAACAUGGUAGCACCGAUAACAAGUUCGGUGACGCUCGAUAUGAAUUUGAAACCGCUCUGGGUCCGCAUUCAAGGAGAGAACCGUCCACUUAGCGCCGGCAAGACCUAUGAGAUAAGUUGCGAGGUUGUCGGAGCCAGACCAGAGCCAAUGAUCACGUGGUCCAAAGGGAACACGAUACUGCGAAAUGCACGGGAAACGAGGAGUCCUCCUGACGGCAACGUAACAACCAGCGUCCUCACAUUCGUGCCGAGUAUCGAAGACGCCGGCAAGUUCCUCUACUGUCGCGCCAGCGUGCCAGAUAUUCCGGACUCGGAGAUGGAGCAAGGAUGGAAGCUCAAUAUAUAUCACGAGCCUGUGGUUACCCUCGAGCUUGGCAGCAAUUUGAAUUCGAGUGCUAUUCGGGAGGGUAUCGACGUUUACUUCGAGUGCAACAUCAAGUCCAAUCCCUGGGUUUACAAGGUUUCCUGGCGCCAUAACGGCAAUCCGCUGUAUCACAAUCCGACGACCGGAACGAUAAUAAGUAAUCAGAGCCUGGUGCUGCAAAGCGUCACUCGCAGUAGAGCUGGGAUUUACACGUGCAUCGGCAAUAAUCAAGAGGGCGACGGCGAGAGCAAUCCGCUGAACUUGGACAUAAAGUUCGCGCCGGUAUGCCAACACGGCCAGAUGAGGGUGUUCGGCGUGGCGAAACACGAGAGCGCGAGUAUUCCCUGCGAGUUGGAGGCGAACCCGCCGGAAGUAUCGUUCACCUGGAAAUUCAAUAACACGAUGGAAGCGGUGGACAUACCUCAGGCGAAGGUCACCAGCGACCGUACGCACUCGACGGUCUUGUACGAACCGAUUAACGAGCUGGAUUACGGCACUCUUCUCUGCUGGGGCAGCAACGAUCAGGGCAGUCAGCUGGAACCGUGCGUCUUCCAUAUCGUGCCAGCCGGCCGUCCGGACACGCCGCACAACUGUUCCUUGUUGAACCAGACGACCGACUCAAUUUACGUGGAGUGCAUCGAGGGCUUCGACGGCGGGUUGCCGCAAAAGUUUACCAUGCAGGUGAACCGUGAGGCCGGAUCUAGCAAGGGCGGCCCAGCGACUGUUUACAAUCAUACCAGCAAAAUGCCCACCUUCUCCGUUGGCAAUCUGGAUCCUGGCAGCACCUACGAGGUCUCCGUUUAUUCCACUAACGCCAAGGGUCGCAGCGAGACCGUGCGCUUUCGCGCUACUACCCUCAAUCUGCCCGAGAGACGAACAGCAGGUGAAAGACUGGCGCAACCCCCCUCGCCGGAGAAUUGCACGAUCCGGGAGGAGAGCCGGACAACGGUGCGAGUGAGCUGCGCCGAGAGCGAGAACUUCGACGCGAACACGGCCACCUACGUGCUGCAAGUCUUCGACGCCAACACCAGGCGUCUGCUGGGAUCGGCGACUAGCCUGACGCCGAGUAUGCUCGAGGUGACGGAUCUGCCCGCCGACAGGAGUCAUUCCGGCCUCGUGCUGUCCCUCAGGAUCAUGACGGCGCACGCCAUGAGCGACGCCACGCUCCUCCACAGUCUGCACUUUGUACCGGAGGGUAAUACCCAGGAGCACCAGCGUUACCCAGCCCUCACACCAGUUAUGCUGUCGCUGUCGGGUCCACUAUUGGGCGCCGUGGUGGGAGCCACAGCGGGGUUGCUCUUGGUGAUCUUCGUGAUCGUGCUAGCUGUCAGGCUGCGCUAUCGACCCCGAUCUCAGGAGGACUCUCAUGACGACGGCGGGAUGGCAAAUCUGGCGGCGUCGGGAACCGGCACCUCGUCCCCCCAUGACAAAUCAUCGACCUUGCCCCUCAGCACCGAUAGCAUCGAGAGCUUCGAGAAGAAUCCCGAUAUAAUACCACACGCGAAUGAAAAUUCAUACGCGGAACUGUGCAAAGGGACGUCACCACGAUAUGUAUUACAACAACCACGUCCGGAUACGAAUACCUUCGCGACAAACAAUCAGGGGUCCGAGUUAACGUAUGCCGAAUUAACGCUAAGAGGAAAUCGGCGAAUACCUCCGAAUUGUUACCAGUCCGUGCAAAUCUCCGGCAUCCAACGGCCCCAGCUGCUGCCCAUGUCGACUUUGACGCGAAGACAGCCGAUCCAAGAGCCAACGAUUUACGCGCAAGUCGCCAGUCAUUCUAAACCGAUUUACGUGCCACCGCCACACCCAUACAUGAAUCGUCCUAGCGACGAAACUACGGCGGAAACGCCAUUAAUCGGACACGACAAUAAGAUCACUACGAUCAGUCAUUCGAGCAACUCGAUCUGGCGCACCGACACACCACCCUGCUCGAACGUACCAACGACAUGAUUCCAGUAAGCUACAUCGUAAUUCACAAUUCCAUUUCACUCCUAAACGUUUCUCAAUGUAUUCCCCUCAAAAAGAAAAAAAUAAAUAAAUAAAAAAUGUACACAUGAAUAUAUACACACAUCGAUCUAUGUACGUGCUAAGUGAGGAGUAAUUUCGAAGAAGGCGCCGCGAUUUUCCCUUCCCCCCCCUCACCCCUGAUAGAAAUUGUUAGAUCUUUACUACGAGUGUUAUAUAAAUAGAGGAUUCGUUCGACAAUGAAAGUAAUUAAUAAAAUCGCGCGGAGUAUAUAUAUUAUACGUAUAGAUUAUAUGCGCUUUCCGAAUGAUUUGUGAUAGUUGAUUGGUUGGAGUCGGGAAGGAUUGAACUGUUUUUCAGCCGUCCGUAAAAUUCGAAGUUGAGCGAAUGCACUUUUUUUAAACGAAGCGUCGUAUGAUACAGAAUUCGGUUGUUAAAAAAAUGUUAUCGAAAAAUUCGCAACAAUUACGUAUAAAAAGAUGCGUGUUGUUUUAAAAAUUAUGAGUUUCUCUGCAUUUAACUUAUAUAUAUAUCUACGACGCUCUUCUUUUUGAAUCAAGAUAUAAUAAUGUGUCAAGAUAUAAUCAAUAUUCAAAAAGAUAAAUAACGUUUCAAGAGAGAGUUUUUAUUACUAUCUAUCUUAUUUUACUACUCUUGAAUUGAUUUAAAUAAAUUGAUUUUAACUUGCAAUUAGAAGUUAAAAAUUGAAAUAGCAUUUUGCUCGCCUCUGCGUGUAAAUCAAAUGAUGUCGGUGGAUCGUGAACGCAACGAUUUAGUGUGAUUGGUAGGAUAAAGUUAGUGGCGCAAUUAUUGUUCCGAUCGUAUAAUCCAGCAUUUUCUAAAUUUUAUUGAAUAUUUUCAAGCAGAGAGUAACUUUACUUUUAAUGAAACAUAUAAAACAUGAAAUCAUUAGAACUCUAGAGAUUCCAAUCAUUAUGAUUAAAAUAAAUGAAAUUAAUUUCUUAUUUUUGAAAACAUUAAAACUUGUGAUGUAUAAUUUCGAAGAAUUAUAUUGCCUCGAAAUCCUUAAAUUGUGAUAUCUGAAGUAAUUAAUAUGUUAUCAUUAAAUAAAACGUAUGUCGAAGACUCCGAUAUGUUAUAUUACGUAUAUUAUAAAAACAUAUAUGAAUUAAAAGAGAAAUGGAAUUAAUUCCGAGAAAUUUUAUUACUGUAGUGCAUCGGACACUUGUCAGAGAAUGUCUUUACAAUAAUUUCUUUCCAUUUUAUUAUCCAUUCAUUUUUAUUCUCACACAGAAUAUUGAAAUACAAUCAAGAGUUAAAGAAACGUGAAUUCUCUUCGACUCAUUUUAACCCUUCUAUUUUUAUUACUAUAUAUGCUCAAGCGAGAAGCGAUGUGCUAGUUUUAACAUCGCGGUAACGGAAAGAAUGCCUUCUUUUUCACUUUGGUUUUAUAGUUACCCGUUACUUGUGUAGUACUACUUUAGCAUAGGUCAUUUUAUUCGUCAGACGACUUACCAGAGUAGAGCGGAAAUAGAAAUCGAAGAAGAGGGGUGGAUGAAGCAAGAUAGCGCAAUUCCGAGGAUCAUAACGAUCAUCGACGUAACGAAUCCUUAUGAGCUUCAGUCUCAUUUGGAUGAAAACCUGAGAAGCAAAAUGAAAAGUUAUAGUGAUCAUGUCUGCCAUGAUGAUAAUGUAAAGAAUCCUCGCGCAAACUUUGUCACGCGCGAUUCUGUGAAGACUGAUUGUGAAUGGAACAAAGAUGCAGGAUUUGUAAUAUGUGUGUAGGUGUCAUAUAACAGAGACGGGCUUGUUUCGAGUUGUGUUUGCUCGAUUGAUCGGAAAUUAGUGCUGAAAAUAUGUAUACAAUUGAAUUCUAUUCAAGAUUUCUUUGUACGUCGUAUGUUAAAACUAAUAUUGAAUUGAAAUUUAGCAAUUAUUUUUAAAAGAAUUCUUUUUUAUCUUGCUUUAUUGAGUGAGAUAUUUAAAUGAGAAAUAUUUCAUGAAUACGAAAAGAGAAAAGCAGCUUCUUAAAAAAAAAUUAGUAUAUAAAUGUAUCACUAUAUAUUUAAGUUAUUUAAUAAUUUAAAUUUUUUUUAAUGAAUUUCUAUAUAUACGCACAAGAACAAUAAAAACAUUCAGAUGUUUCCAUUUCAAUGCUUCAUUUAUAGAAGAAAGUAAAAAUAUUGUGUUCUAAAAAAACGUUAAAUUUUAUCGUAUAAUCUGUUUUAUUAAUAUUAUCAAUCAAGAGUUUAUAUAAAAAUAUAGCCUUUGUAGCUCAUGUUAAACAUAUUUAACGGUAGCAAUAAGUAACCUAUCUAUUCAUUAGAUCACUUUAAAACAAUUCAUAUAUGGUGAAUUCAAGGAAAUUGAUUUAUAAUAUAAUAUAAUCGCGCGCCCGUCUCUGACGUAUGAGUUUAUAAUGGGAGUGAUGUAAGAGAAAAAUUAAGAAAAAAUAAAAAAAGGAUUAAUCCUUUAUUUUCUUCUUUACUUAAUUUAAUAGUAAGACCGAAAAUAAUUUUACAUCGCUCUCAUUCUAGUUGACUCAUAAAAUCGCUGUGCGAGAGCAGCUGUUGUUCGAACGAAUUCGAUAUUGUUGUUGUAUAGUGUAACGAUCACGAUUCGUUUUAUCGAGAACGAAACGUGGCUAAAACCGGUGUCGAUUGUAAUAAAGAACGGCGUUCGCGCGUUAACUAUUUGUAUUUUUUCUUGUAUUGAGGACAACACUCUGCAAUGUUUGCGAGUUUAGAAUACGAAUUUCACUAAUUAAUAUGUACCUCCAUAAGAAAAAGAGUGCCGCGCAAUGUAACAUAAAAAGAGAAAUGUUUCAAAAAUGUAUAGAAAAUAUACUUUCAAUUGUUUUACCCUUUCAACUUUUAAACAUUUGUAAAUGAUACCUUUUGUGUUCUCACUGUCGUACAAAUUCGAACAACAAUACUAAUUUAUAAGCGAUUUUUAUACAAUUGUUACAUGAAUUUUGUAAUUAUAUGGGAAAUACUCUGUUUGCAUAUAAACUUUAAUCACUUGUCUUUUUGAAUCACUUCUUCCGAAAUAGUAAGUAAUAUAACGCACUAUUGAUUAACACAGAUUCCGCUGUAUUCCGCUCAAUGUCUCAAACUAUACGUGAUGUAGAUAUUAGAGGAAUCAGAGAUUUCAUAUUUGGCAGAAUGCGGCAAAAGAAUGCACCAUUAACUAUAUAUUAAUUUAAUUAAAUAACAAUUAUUGAAAGAAUACAAGUAUAUAUGCAGAAAAUAGGAAUAUUUUUUUAAAACAUUAUAUAUUUUUUUAUGAUUUUUCUCUCUUGACGUAUACAUUUUAGCAUUAAACGUAGCCAUCUAUUUUUAAAUUAUGCUACGAAAGUUAUUUGUGUAUGCAUUAAAUAAAACAUAUAACAAAAAACUUUUAAAAUAAAUAUUAAAAAACUAUCUGCAUUUCGAAUAAAUGAUAGAAAUAUUGAAUAUCAACGCGUUCUGACAUAUGCGAGCUUUCUGGUUCACUUGAAAUGAUGAGAUUAUUGUCCUUUCGAUAAAAUCAACGAUCAAACAUGUUCGAAUGACUCGAUGAGUCGGAGCUCUAUUUCUAAUCUAAAUUUUACAAUACUUUGUAAGUUAAUAAUAUAGCGAGAAAAAUUCAUGAUAUGUGCAUAUGCGAAUGAGGAAUAAUAAAUAAUAAAGAAAUAAGUAUAAAAAAGGGAAUAAAAGACAGUGGCGGUAGUUGCGCGCCAAAAUCAGAGAUUCCGUAUUUUGUCAGAUAACUAUAAUUAUUAUAUUGCCAGUGUAACAUAAGACUUUGAUAUGUAUUGUUAGUAUGCGUCGUGGGUAUUACAGAAGAAUGAAGUUAAAUAUAAAACGUACAUCAUACACGCACACACAUACAAUAUACAAGCAUACGCAUAUGUACACGUGUGUUUGUGUAAAAGAAGGAUAACUUAAGACAUACUAUAUAUAAGCAUAAUUUCAAAAAUAACUUUUAAUAUAGAUUUACUUGUGUAAAAUAUAAGGAGAACUAAUUGUGCUCAAUAAAUUUCAAUAAAUAA